AAGCGACACCGCCCUUUUGAGAUGCUGCCCAUGUGAGCGACUCUCGAACCACGCGACCUUCCCAACCAUACAAUCAUCUCAUUGGAACCCCAUUUCCGCAAUGAUAUCCAGUUUUGUUCUCUUGUUUUCUAGUGAAAGCUGAGAAAUUUCACAAAAAAUGGUUGAGUGUCUAUGUUUAUGCUGUUUUUCCUUUUGUGUUCUCUGUUAAAGCUCGGGUCUUUCAUGUCUGGGAUUGGAUGAAAAAGAUGAGAGCUUUGAACAGUUUAGGGAUUGGGCUCAGUUUGGUGUUUGGAUGUUUGUUGUUGGCUCUUGUUGCAGAGCUCUACUACUUGCUAUGGUGGAAGAAGAGGUUUUCAAACAGGGAUUUGGAAGCUGAUCAUUAUGCAAGUCCAGCAAAGGAAAUCUUCUGCUUGUUUUGCUGGAAAAGACCAUCUUCACUGAGCUCCACUGCACUCAAUCCUCAAGCCAUGAAUUCCAGUGCAGUUGAUGAUGAUCACAACCAUGGUCACCAACUUCAUCUCCAUUCCAACUCUGGUAAAGACCACCUCCUCAAGUCCUUUGAUAGUGAAGAAGGUUUAGAGUCAGAGCUCAUGAGGAUUCACAAUCUUCAAGGUCCUCCAAGGUUCUUGUUCACCAUAAAAGAGGAGACCAAGGAGGACUUAGAGUCAGAGGAUGGCAAGUCCAAAGGUGGGAGGAGUAGGAGAGGCUCUAAAGGGAGAAGCCUCAGUGAUGUGCUUUUCCCUGUUGAGACUCCAUUCCUAACUCCUCUCUCUUCUCCUCCCUUUUUCACUCCUCCAUUAACUCCUUUGUCUUACUACUACAACCAACAUGGCCUCAAUCCUCUCUUUGAAUCCUCCAAGCAAGAUGACUUCAAUAGUUUGAGGUCUUCUUCCCCUCCUCCAAAGUUCAAGUUCUUAAAAGAUGCAGAGGAGAAGUUGUACAGAAAAACAUUGAUGGAAGAAGCAUUGAAAGUUCACAGAAACAAUGGUGAAGAAGAAGAUGAAGAUGGUUCCUUUAUAACUAUUAUUAUUGGGAAAAACAGAGACAAAGGACACCAUUCAAGCUCCUCACAAGUAACACCAUUGUCUUCAUCUCCUUCAACCAUUAGACCUUCUCAUGCUUAAAACAUCAUAUUAUUAUCAUUAUUAUUACUGUUGUUCUUGAUGUUGGUGUUGUUGUUGAUGAGUUCUUUGUCAAAAAGGAGAGAACAAAGUCUCAAUUGUUCUUUCCAUUACUUUGAGACAAGUUCACAGGCUUUCCUUUUUCCUUACUUUUGUAUUCCUAGCAUGAUUUUGUCUUUGUUCAUUUGUCUAAACAGUGGAAAGUUACUGAGAAGAUAAUGCUGUGAUCCUGUGAUAUAUAUUACAAAAUGGUUGUCAAUUCA